AUGGAAUUUCCAAGAUUAAGAGACUUGGCAAGACAAAAAAUUGCACAUACUGAGGACACUGUUAACCCUAACUGUCAUGGUGAUAUUUGCAACAAACAAUUUCCCGAUGGAGUUGAUUUGGUAGUUCAUGAAGAAACGCACGCUGCUGACAAUUCUCAUAAAAAUGGGCAUAGUGAAAAUGAAGUUCCCAGAUCCAGCAACGUCACAGAAACGAAUGAUGGCCAAAACCAACUUAAUUUUGAAUGCGAUGUUUUUGAAGUGGAACUAUCUGUGUCAGAGAACUUGUUAGCACCGACAGCAGCACAUGCCGACAGCAAAUCUUACGAAUGCAAGGUUUGUCAGAUGAAAUUCCCAGCGGCCAGCAAAUUAGCUAGGCAUAAACGAACACAUACUGGUGCAAAAGAUCACGAAUGUGACGUUUGCCAGAAGAAAUUUUCCGACCCAAGCAACCUGGCUAGACAUAAGAAAAUACACACAGGUGAUAAACCACAUGGAUGCGACAUUUGCGACAAGCGAUUCAUCUUUUCGAGCGAUUUGGUCAGACAUAAGAGAACGCAUACUGGUGUAAAGCCUCAUGAAUGUGACGUUUGCCACAAGAGAUAUUCCAUAAUCAGUGAUCUGACUAUACAUAAACGAGCACACACUGGCGAGAAACCGUACGAAUGCGACGUUUGCAAGAAACGGUUUUCACGCUCAAACGCCCUGACAGCGCACAAAACUACUCAUGUUGCAGACAAACCUUAUGAAUGCGACGCUUGCAACAAAAAGUUUUCAACAAAAAAGAAUCUAAAUGCACAUAAACCAACACACACCGGACACAAACCAUUCGAAUGUGACGUUUGCAAGAAGCAAUUUUUACGAUCAAACAGAUUAGCAGCGCAUAAACGAACACAUAGUGGGGAAAAACCGUACAAAUGUGACACGUGCGACAAAAGAUUCUCGGAAAUCAGCAAUCUACAGGUGCAUAAGAAAACACACACUGGUGAUCAACCUUUUGAAUGCGAUGUGUGCAAGAAACGAUUUUCACGAUCGCACCUCGUAGACAGACAUAAAAAAUCGUCACACAAUGCUGAUAAGCCUUAUGAAUGUGAUAUUUGCAAGAAAAGGUAUGCAAAUAAAAAUAAUAUGAAGCAACACAAGAAAUUCCAUUUGUGUAUCACGUGUGGGAAAGAUAACGUGGAUCAGAUGCAGGAGUUGCAAGAACACGCCAAAGCAAAAUCUCGCUUUAACUGCGAUGUUCAUCUGUGCAAUCGACAGUUCUCUGAUGUGAAAUAUUUGAUACAACACAAGGCAAGCGAACACGGCAUCCCAUACCAGUGUGCCCUGUGUAAACAGUUAGACACAACAGAACCAAAUGAAAUUAGUUUCAUCUGCUCGUUGUGUAGUGUCGCUUUUGUCACUUUGGAAGAACUGGAGAAUCACGUGGAUACCCAUGACAAGGCAGAAUAA